GUUAGCUCGUAUCCUGGCGGCUACGGCUCCGACCACCGCUGCUUCGUGUCCUACGAGAACAGCUUCAUCUGGGUGUUCGUCGGUCCCAUACUCUGUCUCAUGCUGGCUGUCUUCACAGUGUUGGUUAUCACUAUAUGUAACGUCAACCUGCCAGCGAUAAAAAACAAGGACCACAUGUACGAGCUGAGGAGCAUGUUGCGGGGAUGUGUGUUCCUGCUGCCCCUCAUUGGCGUACCGUGGCUGUUUGGUAUCAUGUCGUUCACCGAGGAGGCGGCCUUCCUCAUCAUUUACGUUCUAUUCAACUCCUUGCAAGGCUUCUUCAUGUUUCUCUUCCUCGGACUCGGCUCGCCACAGUUCCGCGCCAUCAUAUGCACCUGCAGGAAGGAUGAGGAAGCUGAGAAGGCCGAGGAUGACCUCAGCGUCACCGACUCGACAAUUGACAGCAGACGAUAUAGCGCGUCCUCAAGCGAAGCACCGGCCUCAAAGAGGACGUUCCCAAGAAGCCACCAAAAU